AUGAAAGGACAAGACAAGGAAUUUGACAACCCUGCCUACCAGGUUGAUGUGGAACAAGGCUCUUCUAUAUCUGGCCCAGUGACGUCUGAUGAGACUGAAGCAGUGAACAUUGAGCUGGUGAAUGCUGGAGACAACCGACGGGUCGGGUUUGAGUCUGAGAGCUCUGAUGGAUACUUUAUGGCUCGCAGUGUCUCUGGGGCCAAGAGUUUCUAUCCACUGACUGAUGAAGAUGAUGAGAAAGUAGCCAGAAGGAGGCGAUUGUUGCUGCUGGUUCUUUUCUUUGUUGCUGUUGGUGGACUUGGUGUCUUGAUUGGCGCCAUGAUUGGAGAUGGAAGUGAAGAUGAAAAGAGCCAAGAGGGACUUGGGGCCACUUCUGGAGCCUUGGUGGCACCCAGGGAUGGCAGAGGACUGUUGCUGAAUGACAUCUGGCCUGAUGAAGAAACCCCAGAGGACAAGGAUAUGGUGCGAGGUGCCUUGGAAGGAGAGUUCAUGAUAACAAAUUACAGAUUCUCCAAGAAGCUGCUUGACACAACCACACAGGGAUUCAAGUUGACCAAGAUGCUUCUUGAAGAAGCUAUUUCAAAGAUGUCUGUGCUUCUGGCAGAGGAGAAUGUUCUCAUUGGUGUCCGAAGUCGUGUUUUGCGAACCAGAAGUUUACGUACACAGGGCCCUGGUCCAGUGGACCCUGAAGACUCAGACGAGUCCCCGGCAUCAGCUGAACCCGAGCCCCAAAAUCGCCCCGAACAUUCCCAAGUCUCCAACAGCAAUGAAGUCAUCUUUUCCACUGAUGACGAUGAGGAUUAUGACGACGAGUCUGGCCUGACGCUGUAUCGUCCCGAUGGCGAAGACGAGCAAGAAGAAGCUGAAGAUAAACACAAAUCAGUCAUCACUACAUCUUUACCCGAGUUGCCGCAGAUGCCUUGGGAUUUGCCGGAAGGUGUGUCACCUGCCGACUUGGGCUUCAGCGUGCACUCGGACGAUCACGCGCACGAAGAACCAGAUGUCGCUCCUGAGCCGUCACCCGUGCUUCCGCGCGGCAAGGCCGGGAAAUCCUUUGACCCCUUGGGAUCGAUGACCAAAUCUGGUGAACCAGCACCUGAACCCGUGUCUGUGGGUGUUCCUGAGCCUGUUGGUGAACCAGCACCGAGUUCUGAACCCGAACCCGAAGCUGUGGGUUCAACUUCUGAACCUAAAGCCGAACCCAGUAAUAUUGAAAAAGUGGGUUUGCCUCAGCCUGAACCCAGUUUCAAAGAAGUGGCGGGUUCCCCUGAACCUGAACCUGUUCAAAAGCAAUCACACGAACCCGUGAAUGUAUCUCCCGAACCUCAACCCGAAUCAGAACCAUCUGCGAAGCCAGAUGCUGGGUCUCCUGAACCCAAGCCUGAACCUGUGAAUAAAGAAGCACCAGUGCUGGGAUCUCUUGAACCCAGGAACCCGCCCGAGUCUCUUCCUGAACCUGAACCCAUGUCAACCCCUGAACCCGAACCCAAGUAUCCUUGA